GCACGGCAGCAUCUGGUGGGCGAACAGACGCGGCAUAGAGUGCCUGGCCAUCGUCAUGCAGACAGCCUUGUCCGACUACAGCGUGGCCGGUGCAGGAUCAGGAAUGAAACACACCUGCGUUGUAAGCGCGCAAGGGGAACUGUUCUGCUUUGGAAGCAAUGCGCAUGAUCAGUGCAAUGUGCCCGCGUAUGUCGGACCCACACUCACUGUUUCCACGGGCGACUAUCACAGCUGUGCAGUGCAGGCAAGUGGCCAACUGGUUUGCUUCGGCGAAAAUGAGUAUGGCCAGUGCGAUGUGCCGGCAGACCUGGGAACAGUUUUGGCCGUGUCGGCAGGCCGGCAUCAUACGUGCGCCGUGAAGUCAGAUGGGACGCUAGUGUGCUUUGGCUCAGGCGAUGAUGGGCCUGUUCGAGUGCCUGCAGAUUUAGGGACCAUCACGACGGUAUCAGCGGGCGCAGCUCACACGUGUGUGGUGACAACCGGAGGUGAACUCGUGUGCUUUGGUGAUGACAAGAAGGGUCAGUGCACCGUACCGGUCAGCAUUGGACCCGUUGUGGACGUUUCGGCGGGCUCUGCGCACAGCUGUGCCAUCACGGCAAAGGGCGAGCUGCUUUGUUUUGGAGACAACGAGUGUGGCCAGUGCGAUGUCCCGGUAGACUUGAAAGGCGUAGGAGCUGUGGCUUCGGUUUGUGCAGGUGCUACGCACACUUGUGCUGUAACUCCGCGUGGACAGCUCGUGUGCUUUGGACAAAAUGACCAUGGCCAGUGUAACGUGCCAGCAGACCUGAAAGCAGUCGUGGCUGUGUCCGCUGGUGCGAGGCACACUUGCGCCCUUUGUGCGGACGGUGAGUUGAUCUGCUUCGGCUCUAAUGACUCCGGCCAAUGCGACGUUUGGAGGGCCGAGGUUUCCUUUGGCACUGGCCGGCGCGUAUAG